GACCAUUUAUGUGCUUUUCUCAAGCCAGGUACUGCCUCUUCUCUCACAGUGUCACGCCGCUUGAGUACAUAGCCGUGAGUCUUGAAAUUUGAAGUUUUCACGAAAAAAUUGAAGCUUUCCAUUGUGAAGACAAUGGCUUCAAAACCCUCAACUACUUUAUCAAGCUUCAUUGAUAAACCAGUAGUUCCUGGUGAUGUGAUUUUGGAUCUUUCUAAAAUGACUGACCAAACCAUCAAGUUAGGUGGCGGCCUCCACCAGGAACAUGACGCUAUAACUGUAGUCAAAGUGGGUAUUUUGAGAUUUUCAAAGCCAAACAAGUACUGGAUUGAAAGCUCACAGAAGAGAUAUAUGCCUACCGCGGGGGAUACAGUCCUUGGAAUUGUGGUGGACCAAAGAGCAGAUAGCUUUUUUGUGGACAUAAAAGGGCCAAUGGUGGCUUUCUUGCCAGUGCUGGCAUUUGAAGGAGGGACUAGGAGAAAUAUACCCAAAUUUGAGGUAGGUACUCUAAUUUAUGCUCGUAUUGUCAAGGCCAACACUGGUGCGAACCCAGAGUUAUCGUGCAUGGAUGCUUCUGGAAAAGCUGCCGAGUUUGGCCCCCUCAAAGAUGGCUAUAUGUUUGAAUCAUCAACUGGUUUAUCACGGAUGCUGCUGAGCUCACCACCAUGUCCAGUACUUGAAGGUCUUGGAAAGAAGAUAGCUUUUGAGAUAGCUGUUGGUUUAAACGGUCGUGUUUGGGUAAAUGCUGAGCACCAAUCGUCGAUCAUCCUUGUUGCGAAUGCAAUAAUGAACUCUGAGUCAUUGACCCCAGUGCAGCAAAAGAUUAUGGUGGAGAGGCUGCUUGAUAGAAUAAAUUGAACUGCAUCUAGCAUUUCGACCAUUUCCAGCAGCCAAAUGAAUUCAUGGAUUAUGUGAUUGGAACAAUACUGCAGAACAUAUAUGUGAAGCCAAAAGUAGAAUUUGGCUUGAGGAAUUAUAGGAUGAGUUCAUCCGAUUCUUCACUCAUGAAACUGUCCUGCUUGUUUAUGUGAUUCUGGUGAGAGUAUAGCGAAAGGAUGUAACACCAUGAGCAUAAUUAGAUUUUAUCAGAGGAUUGUCCGUAGAAGCAUUUUGUCCAUGGUUGUAUUUAUUCUCAUAUAUCUAUCUUCUGUCCAUCAUCUAACAGAUUUGAACUUCUCAGAGGAGCGUUCACGCACCUUGACUAGUUUAACGGGUACCUACUACUUCUCCAUUUCUGACAAAGGGGAGCAGGAAGAUAUUUGAUGAAUCUAUAUGAACUUUUAAAUCC